CGAACCGUGGCAAUCACCAGGCACGAAACUGAAAGUAUGGAUGUUUUUGAAAAUUAAAUUGAAAGAAUGGGUUUUGUUGAAAAAACAAAAUUUUUAAGCUUGGGCAACACGGCGAUUCCUACAUACAAAGAGGCUCAGUGGAGUACACCAAAGUCAAAACCUCUGUUCGUCGCUCCUAUUAAAUACGAAAUUUUGAUUAGUUUUCAAUAGCAUCAGAUUUGAUUUUGUUCCGACAAAAAAACAAACGCACCAAUGGGUAUACUCAGAAGCGGAUUCUCAUUCACGGUGGGCACAAUCUUUGGCGUUUACCUUGCUCAGAACUACAACGUCCCCAACAUCAGGAAGCUAGCGAACAGCGGUCUCGUGAUAGCCAAGCACAUCGAAGAAAACUAUCGCAAGCCCAAGAAGAGGGACGAUGAUUUUGAUUAGCUGCUGCGCUUAUUUGAUUUUCAGGAUUCCAGGCUUGGCACACAUGGUUCUUGGCGUGUCCCUUUACCAAUUUUACAAAAAGAUCGGGAACUGUUUAUUUGGACUUCGAUUUUUCUUGUUUUCCUUCUCUAUUUUGAGGAUCUUCUAUCCUCUACAAGUAAUGUACUAUUUUCUUCUCUCUUUACAAUAAUUUUUCUUUUGUAUCCAAAAACAGAAGUGUGAAAUUAAGCAGUUAUUUG